AUGGCACCCCUGAAAGUUUGGGUUGGCAUUCGAGACUACUGGAACAAUGUCGAUGCACCCCUCCAAGUGACACGGUCUGCCUUAAAGGAGACUCUUGGAAUCGACGUAACACUUGAGAUUAACUGGGAUGCUAUCUUUUCUCAUUUAAGUGCCGACUAUUCGGACAAGUCUACAUUUGUUCCUUCGAUCGCGGCUGGUGUCCAAGCAUUUCUUGACGGGCUGCGGGAGCUACUAGAUGUCGAUUUGAAGCCAGAAUGGACUGAUACCCUUCUUGAGAAUGCAAAUGGCUGCUUGAGACUUUUCAUAGGCGUCUCUAAAAAGGAGGAGCCAACGGUUCUUUGGUCUGCAAAAAGUGUAGGCUUCCAAGUCAAUCUCCCUAAGGGCUCAAUGCCGCCAGCGAUUCAGAUGCAGUCCUCAUUCAAAACUCAGCUCGUUAAUUGCUUUGAUGACCCACAGCCUUCCUUAGAUGACUGGGCGGACAUUUCCAUAGAAGCCACAAAGGAACACCCAGCCAUAGCAGAUGAGCAUCAAUCUUUUGACAUACUACCAAGUAUCAGCGUUCUACCAUGUCCGGACGACCUACUUCUCAAGCCACCGUAUCAUCUAACUGUCUAUGGCGGAGGUAAGACUACAGUCGAAGUCCAGUGUAGUCAUAGCCCGACAUUAGAGCUUCUUGCAGAAUAUCUAAAGAAAUGGUGCAAGGUCAAUCACCAGGAUACACGACAUCCUCCCGCAGUCGAGGUCGAGUUACACCAAUCGUCCUUUGGGUUCGGUCUAAUGUAUGACCGUCUAACAAUGUCUGUCCAGAACCGCAACCUACAGUUCUUGGUAUCGCCUAUGAUUGUACUGCCGUUUGUUGAAAGUGUGCUAGGUUACAAAAGUGUCUCAGUUGACGGGUCUUCUUGGAUAUUUCGGAGGGAUAUCGAAUUAAAGAAACCUAAGCGGUAA